GGUGAUAGCAGUGGAAGCGAAGAGGAGCCGGGACCAUCAAAUGAACUGCCAGCCACUAGUGCAGAUUUGCGAAACUUAAGCAUCAUCAAGUCGAUUCCUUUUGUUGUCCCGUUCAUGCAAAGAGUGAAGAUUUUUCAAGAUUUACUUGCGCAUGACCGGGAGGCGAACGAUAUCGCGGACGACUUUCAUAGCUUUGCAGCAACAGGAUUCCGUCGGAAUGGUAUUAACAUAGCAGUGCGACGACAGCAUCUCUAUGAAGAUGCGUUUGAGGCGAUGUCAUUGGGAAAUGGUGGGUUGUAUCAGAUUGUAAAUUCAUAA